AUGGCUCCAGUUUUGAGAAAGAGCACAAUUGAGCAAACGAAAAAAAUCGACAAAAUUGUGAGUUUUUUCAAAAAUUUAUUUUAAAAAAAUCGAUAAAAUAAGAAUUAAUUUCAGGUGAAUCGAAGACGUUUGGAGGAAAAGUUGAAGGAGGACAGAAAAUGGAAUCUGGAGGUCAGUUUUUGUAGAUUACUGUAGAGUACUGUAGAUUACAGUACUUUAAAGGCACAUAAACUCGAGCUUCUUGACCUCUUCAAAGUACUGUAGCAACCCUAAAUUACUGUAGAUGAAUUCAAAGGAUCAUAUCUAGAACCCCAUCUAAAUGUAUGUCCCUUUAAAAUACUGUAGCUUCGAAGUACUGUAGGAUCCUUUAAUCCCUACUCGAAGCUACAGUAGUUUAAAGGGCCAUACACUCGCUUUGCUCAAUGUCCCUUUGAAUUACUGUAGCAACCCUAAGGUACUGUAGGAUCCUUUAAUUUGAUCCAUAUUACCAUAAGGUCGCUACAGUACUUUAAAGGGACAUGUACUCGCUUCGAGCGCCUAUGGCGCGAGUGUAUGUUCCUUUAAAGUACUGUAGCAACCCUGAGGUACUGUAGAUGAGAGAGUUCAAAGGAUCAUAUCUAGAACAAGAACCUUAUGUCCCUUUAAAAUACUGUAGCUUCGAAGUACUGUAGGAUCCUUUAAUCCCUACUCGAAGCUACAGUAGUUUAAAGGGCCAUACACUCGCUUUGCUCAAUGUCCCUUUGAAUUACUGUAGCAACCCUAAGGUACUGUAGGAUCCUUUAAUUUGAUCCUUAUUACCAUAAGGUCGCUACAGUACUUUAAAGGGACAUGUACUCGCUUCGAGCGCCUAUGGCGCGAGUGUAUGUUCCUUUAAAGUAUUUUAGUAACCCAAAGGUACUGUAGAUGAGAGAAUUCAAAUUCUAAAAAACGAGCCUUAUAUCCCUUUAGAGUACUGUAGCAACACAAAAAAUCAAUAUUUCCAGAAUGUUCUAUGGUUCAAAUAUCCUGACCUAGUUCAACGCACCAUCAUGUCCUAUCUGAAUCCAAAAAGUCUAAUGGAAUUUUCCAAAACAUCAAAAGACAUCAAAUAUGAUGUAUUCUCAUUCAACGAAACUCUAUAUGCAUUACAUCUCGUUGAAACAACCCAAAAAUCAAUUCUGAAGUUUUUCUUCGGCUCCAAACCAAAAGAAUAUCCAGACUAUCAGCUCGAAUUUACGAGAAAACGAGGAAAAAGAAAAGGGCACCAAAAUAAUGUGCCAGAAAUUGACGAUUCGAAGACCACAAAUCAUUGCGAGAUAUGGAGAUGAUGUGGAAGUUUGGGAUUAUUUUGGGAGGGUUGAUGUUCAGAAAAAGGUUGUUUGGGAAGAAAUUGAGACUGCGAAGAAAAUUGAUGUUGUUGUUGCCAAACAUUUGAACAAAUAUCUGGAGAUGUAUCAGAAUUCGAUUCAACAAUUUAGUUUUGAGGUUAGUUGAGUGGAAGCUAGGUGGAAGACAAUAUAAUUUUUAUUACAGAACAAAAUCACAUCAAUUUAUUCGUUCAAUUUGACAGGAUUGAGAAGAUUAAUCGAUUUGCAAAUCAGAAGCAAAGAAGAGGUCGAUGUUUUGGAAAUUGGAAUGAUUACUCUCGAACAGGUGAGUUUUUAGGGUCUAUUUGAAAAUCGCUACAUUUUCAUGUUUCGAUCGAGUAAUUUAGUUGAGUUUGAGCCAAGUUACGAUUUUUCAAAGUUCACGAACAAAAAAAAAUGUCAGAAGUCCUCGAGAAGUACACAUUAUUAGUGCGAUAGAGCGCGUUUGAUUGUCUAUAUGUUAUUUUUUAGUUCAUGCGCCUCACAAAAGUAUUGGCAAUCGAUACCAAUUUAUCAUUCGACAAAAUCAUCAAAUUCAAAGCCAAAUAUGCUGAUAUCAAAUGCGAGGAACUCGACGAGCAAAAAGCAUUUGAAUAUUUGAGAAUGUGGGAAGAUGAAGAAUUGCCACAAUGUAUCGAAUAUCGAACUAUUAGAAAUAUGCAGAUUGAUAAUUUGGAUUUGACAGCUUGUGAAUCGCAUCUCGAACAAAAUCAGCGAAACCCGUAUCAUUUGAUGUAUGAGAGCUUACAAAGCAGAUCGAGAUCUGAUGAUACGAAGACCUCGAUAGUCAUUCAUCAUAAGAAAACUUACUAAUCAUCUUAUUCAACUUUUAAUUUAUCACAAGAAACUAAUUCAUUUUGUCCCAGCUAGCUUAAUUCUCCUCCUACUUAUCACAACUUUUUCUAACCACUUCAAAACUAGAUUUGGUAUAUUUACUACAUUUCAUAAUUAUUUCCCCCAAGCUUCACCCCUUUUUUGAGUUCUUCUAACUUUCCCAGUUUUCACCCCCAACUAAAUUUAUUUGAUUGAAUAACCGGAAUAAUACAACUUAAUGCUUUUUUGUUUGAAUUUCUUACCAAUAUCGUAGAAUUUAACGAUUUUUAUACUUCGAAACCAAAAAAAAAACACAGGUUACUGUAGUGCCUCUUAUUGUGUGAAUUUGUGUUUACACCAAACACACUUGAUUUUACGACAUGUUUUUUAUGUUUUUUUUGAGGGACCCAGAGUUACCUCUUUAAAGAGGUAACUCUAUCAAAAGAUCGCCAAAUUAUUUGGAUUCGAUUCAUAUUCUAGAUGUCGGAGUGAUUUAUAUCAAUUUUGUUUUUGAUGAAAAUGAAGAUGAGAGACAUUUCAAUUAUGGCUAUGGUUUUGAGCGAUUGUGCUCAAGAAAAACAAAAGUUACCUAUACAAAUUAUCAUAAUUCUUCAAAAGAUGAAAUCUUCCCAUUAAUUAGCGAUGAACCAUGGAAAAUCACAGAGAAUGGAGGAAUUCAUGAAGUUGCUUUGAGAUAUAUCAAUAAAUAUUUGGAUUUGUAUAAGAAUUCAAUUAAAACUUGCAAAUUUGCGGUAAGUUCUUGUUUGAAUGAGUUUUUGCUGUGAAAAGAGAGCAUUUUAUAGAGCAAUAGAGCGAGAUUUCUCAACAAGUUCGAUUUGAAAAACUUGAAAAGACUCAAAACUCUGUCUAGUUUCUGCUGUCAAGAAGAUAAUACAAUUAUUGAUAGAUUUAUCACAUCAAAACAAUUUUCGAGAUUGCGAAGUUUUGCGACAUUUAGAUCAAUUUUUACAUUUGAUCAAAUACUUGAAUUCAAUGGAGAAAAGUUGACUGGAAAAUGUUUGGAAUUUGAUGAAGAAUUGAAUCGAAAAUAUUUGGAAAUGGUGGCAAAUGGAAAUAUUCAUGAGAAUAUUCGAAAUAUUGAUAUCACCAAAGGAGAGAGGAAAGAAUUAGAUUUUGGUUUGGAUUUUUAUGCGAAAGGUUUUAAAGUUUUAUCUUCCCAAAAACGAGAGUAAGUUCUUUCUUUUUUGCCGAAAAAUAAUUUUGAAAAAUGUUUCUUUUCAGUGACAAAUCACUUGCAUUUACAAUCGAAACAAACUUCAAACCUGCGAAAAAAUUGGAAAUUGUUAUUAAUAAUGCUAUGUUUCAAAUGAAGGUUAUCUAAAUUUUGUAUUUGUUUUUUUUGUUAUAUAUUUGUUGAAAUUCAAUUAAUUACCUUAAUUAAUAGAGAAUUAUCUUAAUUCAAAUGAUUUCAGAUGGCUCCAGUUUUACGAAAACGUCCAGUGAAAAUGGAGCUGCCUAAGGCAAUUUCGAUGAGAAGAAAAAAAGAAGAGUGUGAGUUUCUACCGAGAAAAAUAACACUUUUGAACUCAAAUGAGUUAUGACGUGGCAAAUAGUUUUGAAAAAUCGUUUAAAGAAACUGAUAAACUUUGCCACGUCACAACUCAUUUUUAGAAUUUAAAUCAAUAAAUAAUUUUCAGACAACUGGUUGGUUCGACAUUCCGUUCGAGUUACGCGAAAUGGUCAUCUCACACAUGGACGCCAAAACUCGUUGCAAAUUCUCGGAAUGUUCGAGAAAAUGCGAAGACGAAGUGAAAGAAUGGAAAGAUCAUAUGAAUCGAAUCAUAUUCUUCGAAUAUGAUGAGAUCUCGUGUUUGUGUUUCGAGUUUUGUGGACAAAAUUCGGAAUUUCCGGAUUAUGGGUUGGAAUUUAGUGCGAAAAGAUCGACAAGAACAACUAUUACUUAUCGCAAGUUUGGGGAAAUUGAAAUGGAGAAGAAGGAUGAUUUUCAAGGUGAGAGAAGGUUAAUUUUACCGUGCACAAAAAAAACUCACAGAAUUUUGCUCCUGCAGGUUUCUAGCAAAUAAAAAUUUCGAAAUAAAUAAAUUCCAGAAAUUAAAUAAUCCAGGAAUUUGAAGGGUCACGCAUGAAAACUCAAAAAACACUGUAUUUUUUUUUGCAAUUCGAGGGAGACGCAGACUUUAACGUGUGCAGACAAAUCUCUCGCCGAAAAAGGGAGAGAAAUAGUGUGUGGCAGACACACAGCGCGUCGAGACCAGCGAGUGUCUGCGUCUCCUCGAAAUUGCAUUUUUCUAUCAGAAAAAAACACAGUGAAAAAAAAUAAAAUUUCAAAAAUUAUUUGCAGCCGCGACGCAGCCGCAGCGCGCUCGAAAGAAUAUAGUUAGAAAAGUGUUUCUCUGCCACUCUCUCAUUUUCGUGUGCUCUUUUCUAUUUUUUUUUUAAAUUUGCCACGUCAUAGCUCAUUUUUUUCAGAUGAAAAUCGAGAAAUGAUUCGAAAUUCGACAAAAAUGUGGACAAAAAGUGUUCGCGGAGCAAAAAAAGAUGUGGUUUUGCAAUAUUUGAAAGACAGUUUGAAAACCUAUCAAAAAAGUUGUCGAUAUUUCUUAUUUGAGGUGAGUUUCCGUGAAAUUUCAGAUUUUUUCAACAAAAAAUGGAAUUUUUAGAACAAAACCACAUCGAUUUUCGACUUCGAUUUGAAAGAUUUGAAACGUCUCGAUUCGAUUUAUGUGGAUUGUAUUGAAAACGUGGAUUUUAUGCAGAUUGGAUUUAUGGAGCAGAAACAGGUGGAUUUUAAGCUCUCUAUCCGAAAUUAAAUUCUCAAAUUUAAUUUUUCAGUAUUGCCAGCUCAAACAUAUCAUAACACCAUCAAAAAAUCUCAAAUUUUCCGAAAUUCUCGAAUUCCCCGGUCGAAUUUUGGUCGGAAAAUGUGAUGAAAUGGAUCCGCAGACGAUCAAAAACUACUUGGAAAUGUGGAAAAAUGGGAAAAUUCGUGAGGAUUUGUUUGCAAUUCGUGUGGAAACCCCACAAAAUUCGAAUUUGGAUAUGAGAUUUUAUAAUGAGAAUUUGAAAGUUUUCAAAUGUUUUCAAAAAACAAGUUUUUCCAAGGGUUUUGUUUUCGAAAUUCCGAAUGGAAAAUGUCGCGUUGAAAUUGGGACGCAGUUUGUUCUUUUUGCUCGUGAACUUUGA